ACUGAUCUGCCUUUUCUAGGCAGACCUAAGUACCAACAAGAGGGCUCUCUCCCUUAGCUCCUUGUCCAGAUCUCCACAAAAUGGAUUCUCAAAGAGAACUCACUGAAGAGCUUCGACUUUAUCAAUCCACUCUUCUGCAAGAUGGCCUCAGGGAGCUUUUGGAAGAGAAAAGGUUUGUCGAUUGCUCCCUUAAAGCUGGGGAUAAAAGCCUUCCGUGCCACAGACUGAUUCUGUCGGCCUGUAGUCCUUAUUUCCGGGAGUACUUCUUAUCUGAGCAAAGUGAGGAGAAAAAGAAAGAGGUAGUCCUUGACAAUGUUGACCCUCUCACCCUUGACAUGAUUGUGAAGUACCUUUAUUCUGCCAGCAUUGACCUCAACGAUUCAAACGUUCAAGAUAUUUUUGCCUUGGCGAGCCGCUUUCAAAUCCCCUCUGUGUUCACCGUGUGUGUUUCCUAUCUUCAGAAAAGGCUUGCUGUAGGUAACUGCUUGGCCAUCCUCAGGCUGGGUAUCCUCCUCGACUGCCCAAGACUUGCACUUUCUGCCCGUGAUUUUGUGUCAGACCACUUUGUGAAGAUUUGCAAAGAAGAGGAUUUCAUACAGCUUGCCCCCCAUGAACUCAUCUCGAUUAUUUCACAAGAUGGCUUGAACGUUGAAAAGGAGGAAGUGGUUUUCGAAGCCGUAAUGAGGUGGGUGAAGAAAGAUAAAGAAAACAGAAUGAAGACUCUUGUAGAGAUCUUUGACUGUAUCCGUUUUCGGCUGAUGGAUGAGAAAUACUUCAAGGAGCAUGUUGAAAAAGAUGAUAUAAUCAAAACUAACCCUGAUCUUUCCAAAAAGAUCAAGUUGAUAAAAGAUGCAUUCACUGGGAAAAUGCCUGAACCGACCAAAGGUGCGGGAAAGUCAGCCCAAGGAGAGGUUAAUGGUGAUGUCGGGGAUGAGGACUUACUCCCUGGUUGUCUGAAUGAUAUUCCAAGGCAUGGAAUGUUUACCAAAGAUCUCAUUCUUCUCAUCAAUGAUACAGCUUCUGUGGCAUAUGAUCCUACAGAAAAUGAAUGUUACCUGGUAGCCCUGUCAGAACAGAUUCCUAGAAAUCAUUCCAGCAUUGUCACAAAACAGAAGCAGGUCUAUGUGGUGGGAGGACUGUACGUGGAUGAAGAGAACAAGGAAGCCCCUUUCCAGUCAUACUUUUUCCAGUUGGAUACCAUCACUUCUGAAUGGGCUGGCCUUCCUCCACUGCCAUCAGCCAGAUGCCUUUUUGGAUUAGGAGAAUCAGAAAACAAAAUCUACGUUAUUGCAGGCAAAGAUCUCCAAACUGAAGAAUCCCUGGAUUCUGUAUUAUGCUACGACGCCACAGCAGUCAAAUGGAGUGAGGUCAAGAAGCUUCCACUUAAAGUCUAUGGCCAUGCUACAGCUUCACACAAUGGAGCUAUAUAUUGUCUUGGAGGAAAAACUGAUGAUAAAAAAUGUACUAACAGAGUAUUCAUCUACAAUUCCAAGAGAGGAGACUGGCGUGACCUUCCUCCCAUGAAAGUGGCUCGCUCUAUGUUUGGUGUUGCUAUUCAUAAAGGCAAAAUUGUGAUUGCAGGGGGCGUUACCGAAGAGGGCCUCUCAGCUUCCGUUGAGGCAUUUGAUCUCACCACUAACAAAUGGGAAGUUAUGCCAGAGUUCCCACAGGAGAGAAGCUCUAUUGGUUUAGUUGAAUUAUCUGGCUCCUUGUAUGCUAUUGGUGGUUUUGCCAUGGUUCAACUCGAAACAAAGGAAUUUGCACCCAAUGAAGUCAAUGAUAUCUGGAAAUAUGAUGAUGAGAAGAAAGAAUGGUGUGGCAUGCUGAAAGAAAUCCGUUAUGCUUCUGGAGCCUCCUGUCUUUCUGUUGGCCUGAAUAUGUUUAAAUUGUCAAAGCUGUAAACCAAAAGACUCACUGACUAAAAAUGAGGAUAUUGUUGCCUCUUGUUGUGUAAACCUGCCCUGUACAGACUCUGAUAAGUAACUGUAUUGACUGAACUGUUAAUAUAUCUGUCCACCAUGUGUAUUAACCUCUGUAGGUGUAAACUCCCACUCUGUUUUUACUAACAGUUUGAAUUUGAAGUAAAUUCUGCUGUAACAAUGAAUAAAAUCGAAUAUGUCUAAAAAUCAA